UCUGCUCUCUCAGGAUCCUUUUCAAAGGUCGCUACAGUAAAGUCAAUCUUAAUUCACCAUUUGUAUGUUUUGAUAAAUCAAAACAAAGACCCCUAACCUAUAUUUAGGCGGCAAGAGGUCCACUUAGAAGUAUAGGCACUGAAAAUAAUGUUCGGAGACAAAGCAUUUGAAUUAGUUAAGGAACUUCAGCGAACAUCUGAAACGCUUCCACCAUUCGAUGAUGAUGGCGUUAGACAAGUCCUUGAGGAAAUUAAAGCGAUUUUCGAAGAAAACUGCCAACAAGCCGCAGCAUAUUCCCACUCAGGAGACCGGACACUAUGGCCUCUGCUGAGUUUCCGUCAUGCAGCAAUUCAGCGAAAUAAACGCUGCCUGCUCGCCUAUCUCUACCAACGACUUCAACGCAUUAAAGCUAUUCGCUGGGAAUUCGGCCCGAUAGUCCCAAACGACAUCAAAAAUUCAUUCUGCGAACCUGAAACGCAAUGGUUCAACUCAUACUCGAAAUCGCUUGCUACAUACAUGCGGUCGAUCGGCGACGGACAAGGGAUUGACCUCACCGGAGAUUUGAAGCCACCGAAGUCACUGUUCGUGGAGGUCCGGUGUCUCGAGGACUACGGCAAAUUCGAGUUAGAGGACGGGGAGGUCAUCCUCUUGAAAAAGAACAGCCAACACUACCUGCCGAGGUCCCAAGUGGAGUCACUGAUCCGACUGGGAAUUCUGCAGCACAUCUCGUGAGAGGACUCAGUGGGCGGUGGUGUCUCUUUGCCCUGAUCACUUCCUUUGUUUGUCCUAAGCGCGAUACUUUGCAUCUUAUUUCGUGUUAAGUAUUAUCUCGUCCGACGGCAAUAAAACUUGUUUUCGGUGGCCAA